CGCAACCACGUCUAAGAUGAACGGAUCGAACGGUGCACACCACUCAGAUCGCGAACGAGACCGCGCUGCUAGGUCACCGAGGAACGAAAUUUCAGUGCACUACUCAUCAGAAGCGAAGAUGUACACCCCGCCUCCGGAUAGUCCUCGCCGCGGGAGAGGAGAUUCAAGAGAACGAUAUCGUGAGUGGGAGAGGGAAGAUCGAAGGGAUAGAGAGCGGGAUGGAAAUGGUGCUGUUCCGAGGGGAACUGGGCCGGAUAUGUACGCUUCCCGCCGCGCCUUCCAAAGGGAACAUGGGCGUGCAUCUCCGGAGUACGACAACUAUGUUCCUCCUCUGAGCGGGGAAAGAAGGGGAGGAGGAGGGGACUGGCUCGACAGCAGAAGGCUGACAAGGGAGCGCAGUACUGUUAGCAUCUGGCCGCCUAGUCCUCGUUCGCCGGAGAGGGAUCCGACACCGGAGAGGAGGCAUAGGAAACGCUAUCGGACGCCUGAGUCAGAGGAUGAGUCAGAGGAAGAACGGAGGAACAGAAGAAAACAUAGAUCGAAGCACAAGCGGUCGAGGAAGGAAAGAAGGGAGGAAGACAGUGAGGACGAAGAGGAGGAAAGGAGACGGCGCAGGAGGGACAGAGAGAGGGACAGGUCAAAAGAGAGGGACGCCGAUAGGGAGAAAGAUCGCAGAUUAAACAAGAACCUGGACCAAGAGGAUGAAGGUGUCUGGGUCGAGGCUGACGCGAGCAAGAACACCGCGCCCCCUACCGUCGCAGUCAUCUCUCCUACCUCUGCCCAUCCUCCUGCCAUCAACGUGGUCUCCCACGAUGACGACGACGACGGGAACAUCGGUCCCCAACCCGCUCCUCAAAUCCACGACUCCCUACACGAACGAGAUUACGGCGGUGCCCUCCUGGCCGGUGAAGGGUCUGCCAUUGCCGCUUUCGUCCAGUCUAAUGAGCGUAUCCCGCGGCGUGGAGAGAUCGGCCUCACCUCAGGAGAAAUUGACGUCUUCGAGCAUGCGGGGUAUGUCAUGUCCGGCUCUAGGCAUAAACGGAUGAACGCGGUCCGCAUGAGGAAGGAGAAUCAGGUGAUUAGUGCAGAGGAGAAACGCAGUCUUCUGAGGCUCCAGAGGGAGGAGAGAGAGAAGCGUGAGAGCGAGAUCGUUGGUGGGUUCAAGGAGAUGUUGGAGGAUAAACUGAAGGCUGCUGUUGGUCCGGCCCCGCCACCAGCGCAGGAGUAAUCUGUAUGCUCAUGUAUGUAUGUAACGGGUUCCCCCGGUAAGUGUAGUAUCUUGCGCUGGUUUUCACUGCCUCAAGUGGUUUUCGCGUUUACCCGUUAUCGGCACGUUUCAUGUCCCCAAUUUCUCCGAGGGAGAGAGCCAAAUAACUGUAUACCCGUUGAGCGGAUUUAUGAACGCUCAGGACACUGGCGCUUCCGGCCACCUGUAACCCUCAAGAAAUGUAUGACGCUAAGUCCUCGGAAUACAGCACAUAUGUAUUUCCCAAC